UCAGCGACUUUCGGCUGGGCUCCUCCGGAGGCCCGACGACCUCCCGGCACUGGAAGCCAGGCGAGGUUCGGGGGGUGGUGACAAGGGCACGGGGGGGGGUGGGGCGGCGAGGGGGACGGUCUCUGGACAGGCCCAAAGGCGGCGAACUCGCGAGUCUCGGGAGACCGGGACAGGUCGAUGCCGAACAGGAGCUCAACUUUCAGAAGAGGAGACGCCAGCAAGACUCUUUCGGGGAAUCCUCCCGCUCGUCACCUCCAUGGGCCAGACGGCCUUGGCAGGGGGCAGCAGUAGCACCUCCACCCCUCAGGCCCUGUGCCCUGACCUCUCUUGUCCCGAGGGCUUGGAGGAGCUGCUGUCUGCUCCCCCUCCUGAUCUGGGGGCCCAGCGACGCCACGGCUGGAAUCCCAAGGACUGCUCAGAGAACAUCGAGGUCAAGGAAGGGGGGUUGUGCUUUGAACGGAGGCCCGUGGCCCAGAGCACUGAUGGGGCCCGGGGUAAGAGGGGUUACUCGAGGGGUCUGCACGCUUGGGAGAUCACCUGGCCCCCUGAGCAGAGGGGCACCCACGCCGUGGUGGGCGUGGCCACGGCCCUCGCCCCGCUGCAGGCUGACCACUAUGCGGCGCUGCUGGGCAGCAACAGCGAGUCGUGGGGCUGGGACAUUGGGCGGGGGAAGCUGUACCAUCAGAGCAAGGGGCCUGGCGCCCCCCAGUAUCCAGCCGGACCUCAGGGUGAGCAGCUGGAGGUGCCAGAGAGGCUGCUGGUGAUUCUGGACAUGGAGGAGGGAACUCUGGGCUACGCUAUUGGGGGCACCUACUUGGGUCCCGCCUUCCACGGACUGAAGGGCAGGACUCUCUAUCCAGCUGUAAGCGCCGUCUGGGGCCAGUGCCAGGUCCGCAUCAGCUACCUGGGCGAAAGGAGAGCGGAGCCACACUCCCUUCUGCACCUGAGCCGCCUGUGUGUGCGCCGCGCCCUUGGGGAUACCCGGCUUGGCCAUAUAUCUGCUCUGCCCUUGCCCCCUGCCAUGAAGCGCUACCUGCUCUACCAGUGACCCCUGUGACACCACAGUUUGCACUGGGGCCUGGACCCCACCCCUCUUCAGGGCUGGGGCAGGGAGGAGUCACUGCUGGCCGAGAUCAGCUACCCAAACUAAAGCCAGUGAGGCUGGGCUCCACCCCAACCCCAGUUCUGGGGAGCACAGCAGCCCCAGGGCCACCCAGAGGGGGAUGGGAGGGGGCUGGUAUUCAAGGCUGUGGCAGCCUGGGAUGCAAGACACAUUUGCAAGUAAAAAUAGUAAGAAAAGUGCUGCUGUAGAAA